CCUUCUCCUGGUCUAGCUAACCAUUGCGAAGGCGAAAACUUUAGAAGUUAUUUGCCGCGCAUUGAACUGCCUUUCACAACGACACAGUCAACUACGACGGAGGAGCCUUUUGUGGAAGAAUUCCUGUUACCUGACGAAGAGGAUGAAGGGCUUCCCCAACGAGGUAUUCUCGUCAACCAGAUGGAGGCAGUGAAAAGGGGUCAAUCUCUCUGCAGCAAACAGGUUCUCGAUUUGAAGCAUACAAUAAGUGCACUUACUGCCAAAGUGGAAGCUAUGGAAAGUCAACUUCGUUUCCAUAGAGAAGAGAUGAAGAGGCAAAGCAGCCUAACGUACGCAGCACAGCAAUGGAACACUGAACAAGAGGAAAGGAAAUUUGGCAUACACAGAAGCAAUAGGGAAAAAGCAAAAUUCGCAAGUAUGCUUCGUCAUGUUGAAAUAGACGGCAAAAGAUUGAAUGCGAAGCAGAUCACGGAAUUGGCAAGUUAUUCCUGGCUCUUAUACUACAAAGAUCAAAGUAGACCCGAUUCCGACUUUAUGCGUUGUUCGCUUUGCAACAGAGAGGUUACCGACUACGACCCUGAGCCUGACUUCGCCAAGUGUGCUCCAUCUACCAACGGUAGUAGCGAUGGUUAUAGGAAGAAUAUCCUAGGUAAGAACGAAGUCAUGUGCUUAAAAAGAUAUGCUGGACGUAGCUCAGCGGGAAGAAGUAUAACUGCUCUGAUGAGGAGAAUAAAAGAACAUCAAUUUUCAAAAGUUCACAGCGCGGGCGACUCCGCGUUCAGAAGUUCUCUGAUGGAGGGGAGUUCUAACGCAGCUAAAAACGUGGAAGCAACAAUCUCAGCUGCGCUGGCCGCAUAUACUAUUGCGAAAGAGGGAUUGUCACUUGAAAUGCAGUUGCCCUUGCUGCUGAUGGAAAUGCGAGCAGGAGCGAUUCCCACUACUGCUCACUAUAGUUCUCAAUCCGCUGGUAACAUGAUUACAACAUUUGCGCGGCAUAUGAAGUACGACAUGCUCAAGUAUUUGAUCAACUCGAAACUGCCCUUCUCACUACUCGCUGAUGGCACAUCACAUGAUGGCAAGAAAUGGAUUAUUUUCCUUCUACGGACGGUCUCUCCUCAAAAUCGUCCCAUUACGUUCCACCUUGCUUUAGUGAGCGUAACAAGUGAAAAAGCAGUCGACAUUGUCAACGUGUUCACCGAACACUUAAGGUCUCUUUCUAAAUGGAAAGAAACUCCCGGGUUGGAAGAAGAGCCUUACAUGUUUGCCAUGAAACGAAUGAUAGCACUUUCAUCUGAUGGAGCCUCUGUAAUGGAGGGAAAACACGGCGGUGUUCACGCAAAGCUGAAAGACCUCAUAAGACGUGAAACCAGGAACAGCGUGAGAAGAGAAGAAUUCCUCCUUUCAGUCUGUGCUGCGCACAAGCUAAAUUUAGCAGUGCAAGCGCAAAGGGGGCUUGCUUUCAACCUCACGCGUACGCUCAUUACGGAAAUGCAUCACUUAUUAGGAUCUACGGUGGCUACGCGAGCACAUGCCAUUUACUCCCGAACAGCUGAAGGGAUGGGAUUUCGCGCUCUGAGGAUGGACCCAAUUCACGCAGUGCGAUGGUCAGCAAGCCUGCAGAAUUCCCUUUCAAAAAUACUCCGUAUGUAUCCUGUCCUCAUAGCAGCUUUGGGAAAAUUGACAGCUGACGGCAGCGUACCGAAAGCCAUGCGAGAUCGAGCCCAAGGAGCUGCCUAUGUAAUGACAGAUAGCCACACUUUCAUAAUUCUGCAUCAUGAACAGCGUGAAGAAGAAUUCCUCCUUUCAGUCUGUGCUGCGCACAAGCUAAAUUUAGCAGUGCAAGCGCAAAGGGGGCUUGCUUUCAACCUCACGCGUACGCUCAUUACGGAAAUGCAUCACUUAUUAGGAUCUACGGUGGCUACGCGAGCACAUGCCAUUUACUCCCGAACAGCUGAAGGGAUGGGAUUUCGCGCUCUGAGGAUGGACCCAAUUCACGCAGUGCGAUGGUCAGCAAGCCUGCAGAAUUCCCUUUCAAAAAUACUCCGUAUGUAUCCUGUCCUCAUAGCAGCUUUGGGAAAAUUGACAGCUGACGGCAGCGUACCGAAAGCCAUGCGAGAUCGAGCCCAAGGAGCUGCCUAUGUAAUGACAGAUAGCCACACUUUCAUAAUUCUGCAUCAUGUCAAUGCAACUCUCUCUUAUCUUGCCCGACUUUCGGAGGCCCUCCAACAAGAGGAAGCUCUGUUGGUUGAUUUCCUCUCAGUGUGGAGGCACAUUGACUCUCUACUCAAACACGAUACAAUUAAGAAUGAGGUAUACGAAAACCUAGCUGCAAGUGGAAUUCUUACUCUACAUGACUCUGAGAGCGACGAAUAUCAUGAAGUGGAUUCGAAGUCGUUGAAAAGCUACCACUGCUUCACCGAAGAACAUAACCAGCCUUCAAGAGGAUUGCUUUUCUAUGACCCCACUACCUUUCCCGAUUACCAAUCAUCGAGAGUAGGGCAUUUGACAGCAGACCAAAGGCGAGAAUCAGCACCACUUAGAAGAAUACAAAAGUUUCGACCUUUCGAAGAUCUUCAAAGUUUGAGUUCCCAUUUUCUUGGCGGAGAUGAUGUUAGAGAGGAUGAAUUUGAUGUCUCCAUGCUUCACUCAAUCGCGCUCGGUAAGACGUACUUCAAGAUCGUAAAUGCAAGACAAUCAGAGGACACCAUUAACACUUUAUAUGAGCAUGUGCGUCAAAGUCUUCGAAAUUACAUGGCGCCGGAGAAACGACCUACAGAAGCAGUUGCAUCCUUCCCUUAUGCCUUAGAUAGGCAUACUAUCCUUGACAUGAUAGAUUGCAAUGGUGACUAUGACUCUUUCAAAGACUGCGUUCUUCCGGGCACCUCUGCGGCUAAUCGAGGGUAUCCUGUCUUCAUUGACAGUGAAGGGAAUGUGGACAAAAUCAAACGUCAAAAAGCUAUAUCAGACUCUAUCGAUGCCAUUGCAAAGGUCUGCUCUUUACCACGCUUGAAUAAGUUUUUCAUGGACUUCUACAACACCAUUGCCGGAGCAGUAAGGGCACUAAACACGUGGCCAACGGAUUUUCGCGAAGACAAAACAAGCAUUAGAUUUUACCAGACGUUAUUAAACCACGGAGAUGCACUGAAAAUUCCCGACCCUGUGAGAGAGGCUAUCAAAUGCAUCCUUGUCAUACCUGCCAGCAAUGCUGACCCAGAGCGUAGCUUUUCGCAAGCCAACAGACUCACAAGGAGAGAACGGAGCAACCUAGGAGACGAUACUCUGGAUAGUCUCAUGAUGUCAGACUUUCUGGCUCUU